AUGAACCCCUCGACGAAACAGCCGUCGAGCCAGACGUCAUUAUUCCAGGUCUUCCUCAGACUACGACCGCCCAUCACAAAAGAAGAAGCAGCCCAUGCGCACCGUGGCGAGCGAUAUCUGAACGUCGAACCAGUCGAAAUCACAAAAGACAACGAUGUCUCCUCGCCACAAAACCCUCACCCCACGCAUAUCACCUUACAGCCGCCAAAUGAUUCACGAAAACGCGCCGUAGAAAAGUUCGCGUUUACCAGAGUGUUUGAAGAGAGCUCCAAGCAGCUUGAGGUCUUUGAGAAUACAGGCGUGCCUAAUCUAGUCAAAGGUGUUUUAAAGGAAGGUCGAGAUGGGUUGGUUGCUACCCUUGGCGUGACUGGUAGUGGCAAGAGUCAUACCAUACUGGGUACGAAAACCCAACGUGGAAUAACUCAAAUGUCCCUUGACAUUCUAUUUCGAUCUCUUGCCGAUACCAUACGUUCCGCAGACAACUUCGAAGACCCUACUCUUCUCGCGUCUUUGAGUGCAGCAGACUCCUCUGAAGCCCAAAUAUUUUCUGCUCGCAACUUUAUUGAUAGCAUCUAUGGCGACCCGACUGAGCGGGGGCGAGCGUCGAGAGCUCAUACUCCAAUGUCUAGAGGACAAACUCCAUUGAUGGAAUCGACACACACGCCCAUGAUACCCCGACGCCAAUUGAACCAGCGUCUUAACGCUCUACCAUCCCUGCCCAAUACCAACCAUUUAGUCACACCGAUGGACUCGCAAGCAGAGCACGUGGUUGUUGUCUCUAUGUACGAAGUCUACAACGACCGCAUUUUUGAUUUACUUUCUCCUUCCCAAGUAAACGGUACCGCAAGCCGUGGAAACAACCAGAAAGAGAAAAGAAGACCUUUACUUUUCAAAUCUACCGAGGGCUCACCGGACCGCAAAAUCGUUGCUGGUUUACGCAAAGUCGUGUGCAGCACCUAUGAAGAAGCUAUGAUGGUACUGGAGACUGGUCUCACUGAGCGCCGCAUUGCUGGUACCGGAAGCAACAACGUUAGCUCUCGCAGUCAUGGUUUCUUCUGCCUUGAAGUGAAGAAGAAAGUCUACCUGGCUGGAUCUGAACGCGCUCGAAACGCUAGGACAGCCGGGGCGACAUUGGCUGAGGCCGGAAAGAUUAACGAAAGUUUAAUGUAUCUCGGCCAAUGUUUGCAGAUGCAAAGUGAAAUCUCGGAGGGCAAUAAGACCGUAGUGCCAUACAGACAAUGCAAACUUACAGAGCUACUGUUUUCAAACUCAUUCCCGUCCUCUCACUCGGCUUCAAAUAACCGUUAUCCGCAAAAGGCAGUCAUGAUUGUUACCGCUGACCCUUUGGGUGACUUUAACGCUACAUCACAAAUUCUUCGCUAUUCUGCCUUAGCUCGUGAGGUUACUGUUCCUCGGAUCCCAUCCGUCUCGAGUACAAUUCUAUCAACCUCAAGCGCAACCUCAACAACCCAGAGCCGUCCACCAACAUCAACCGGCCGAACCACACCUUAUACAGCUUCUACUGAAGACCUCCAGGAGGCUGCUCGGGAGAUCGUUCGAAUCACAGAUGACUACGAGGCUUUAAUUGUCAGGCUCGCAGAGGAAGAGAUAGCCCGUCAAGAGGUCGAGCUCAGACUUCGAGCAGCUGAGGAAAAGUGUCUCAUGAUUGAGCAAGAGGUUCGCGAGGAGUGUUGGGCUGAAAUGGACGAGAAAAUGGAAGAGGAACGCAAACGAUGGCAGGAAGCUAUGGAUCGACAGGCUGGCCAUCACGAAGAGCACCUCGAUAAUAAGUUAGAAAUUGCUUCUCGUGGCAUUCAGGUCUAUGAAGAUCCAGAGCCAACAGCCGAUGAACGAGUUGACGAGCUUGAACGUGAGAACGAUUUUCUGAGAAGCAAACUAGCUGCUCUAGAACGUCAACUCAACUCCCGAUCCUCGCCGACUCGCAAGUCAAAGCCUCGCCCUGCCAUGAGUAACAACGACGCGGGAAAUAACCAAAAUCACCUUUUAAGCAGCGACAGCAGCGACCUCGAGAACAUGUUUCAGCGUGUCACUGCGUUCAAAGUCGCCGAAACCUACAAGUCACCGGUUAAGCCAAAGGCAGCCCUAGUGCAUGGUGCCAGAAACCCGAGAAGAGUGACGUCGCGAAAGAAAGACCUCGGCUCUGAGGACGAUUUUUAA